GCACGUAGCGUAUCUCGGUUUUGUUACAUCUAGUGAUGAUAGGCGUUUCUUUAAUAUUGCUGGUAAAACUGACUCUGGUUAGUAUGGAGUUAAGUGAAGGAUUUUGUCGAUCGUUUACUUCGGAUUAUUUGAUUGAUUGUUUUGCUGUUUUCCGCCACACAGUUUUUCAGUUAUCUGGUGGCGCCCAGUUUUUAUUGGUGGAAGAGAGAAUUCAGAUACAAUGUACCUGGGAAGAGACCAUCGACCUUCCGAAAGUAAACUGGAAAACGUUCUCACUUAACGGCGCGAGCGGGAUUCGAACCCGCGCCGACCAGAGGUGAGAGGCCGUGUGAUUUUUUUUUUCAUGUCUGGGUCGGCUUCUACGAUAGAAAGUGUUACAUGAAUCAAUCCAAUUCACAAUGGAAGCGAGCACUAAAAAUCUACCAUUUCUGGAUUUAUUUAUCAUAAAAGAGGGCAAUCACAUUACCACUGAUUUAUACAGCAAAGAAACGGAUACUCAUCAAUAUCUAGAUUUUAGAUCGUGUCACCCGUCACACACUAAACGUAAUAUCCCAUACAAUAUGGCCAGACGUAUAUGCACCAUAAUUCCAAAUUCAACAUUACGUAAAAAACGCUUAGAAGAAUUAAAGAUACAUUUGAUACGACAGCAUUACCCAGAAAACCUUAUUGAUACUGGAAUCCAACAAGCAGAAAAAAUACCUAUUUCAGAACUUCGGAAAACCUGCCAAAAAGAUACCAAACAGAACAACAAUGUGCCUUUCGUCGUCACACACAAUCCAAGGAAUCACAAUAUCUUAAAUACAGCUAAACGUUUUUUUCCAAUUUUGGAACAAUCCAACAAUAUGAAAAAUGUGGUGAAUUCAUCUCAAAUUAUUAACAGCCGACGUCAGGCACCAUGCCUAAAAAAACUACUAACUCGAGCCAAUUUCUCCCUGAAUAAGGUCAAAUACGUCAAAAAAUGUGGUGACCCACGCUGCGGGACGUGUGAAUACAUAGAAGAGGGUGAUUCCAUUACUUUUAAAUCCGGGAAAAUAUUGAAAGUCAAUGCCAACCUGAACUGUAAAUCCGAGAACCUUAUUUACUGUGCCACUUGCCCAACUUGUGGAGAAAACUACAUAGGACAAACGAACAAACUUAAUGCGCGAGUAAGGGUGCACAAACAACAAGUAAAAGAUCCUAGUGUGCGGAACACCCCAUGUAGUGAACAUUUUGCGGAAUGCGGGGGUGGUAAAUUUAAAGUGUUCCCGUUCUUUAAAAUGUGGACUGAAAAUGAAAUAACUCGCAAAGCCCAAGAGGACUAUUUUAUUAAACUUUUCAAUCCAAGUCUUUUAAAUAGAAAAUAAUUAUUUGAAUAAUUGAACUACAAUUUAGCAUAAUAUUUUUACAAAAUAGACAAUUACCAAACGCUACCGGUUAACGUUAUUAUGACGUCAUAAAGGACUCGUUUAAUUGACGUCAUAACAAAGACGUUACUAAACAAUUUUUGUAUACAUAUUUGAACUGCCUGAUGAACCAUGCAGACAUGGAGAAAGCGCUAUCAGUAAAUGAUUGUUUUUUA